GAUAUUAAAUACAAUUUGCAAGUUUUUUUCAUUGACUGCCAUUUUGUGCAAUGUAGAUUAUGGCACUCGACUAAGUAACAAAUAAUCUUUCCUUUUCUACCUAAGGCAAGACGCUAACCGCUCUUUUGUCCAAAGUAUCUAUAACAUGAUUCUCUUUCGCUCAUAUAUGGGUUUUAGUUAAUUUCGAAAAUUUUAUUUUACUCCUUGUUAAAAAGCAAUGCGUCUCGUCCCGUCGUGAAUACAUAAUUUCAAAAUUGCGUGAUAAAAACUGUUUUCAAGAUUCUAAUAUGGUAAAAAUACAAUGAAAAAGUGAUUUAAGUAUUAAAAGAUUAAAAAAAAUACAGAGAAAAUAUCUUUUUCAACAAGAAAGCCGCUCGAGCAUAACGAUUUCGUCGAACAAAGCGUUAUGUGCAAAAGAAAUUAGAAAUUUCGUUUUGUUACAAGUGUGAGUGAAUGUGUGUACUAUCAUAAUUGAACGGACUACAAAUUAUUUUUGUAAUGUGUCCUUUACGCAUUUUUAACUGCAUGAACGUAACGCAUAUAUAACUAAAUUAACUAAAAAUAAGCUUUUGUGACUUGAAUGAAUUUAAUGUACAAUAUUAAAGUCAAAUCUGAUUUUGUUACCAUGAAUUUCUACGAUUUAAAUUCUUUUGCUUGAUAUAUAUAACAAAUCCAAUCUUUGCUUUGAUAUCUUUCUGUUAUCAGUGCAACAAUAAAGCAACAUUUGGAUAUAUUUGCAAAUAUAUUACGUACAUAAUUGUUACUGCACAAAAUUACUACAAGUUAGUAUUAUAAUCUUGAAAAUUUCUUGUCAAAAUUUUCUUCAGAUAACUUUUUUUGCUUGUUAGUCACUUGACAUGUUUCUGGAGGACACUGAUGUAUUCCGAAAACUAAUAAAAUAUUGCAAAUAAUAUAAGUCGCACUUUGAAAUUAAUAUAUAAUUAUAAAAAAGGAAAUUGUUAAUCAAAUAAUAAGAAAAAUUACUUUGUAUGUACUCAUAUAUAGUAUCAAAAGUGUUUUAGUUUUAAUGUACGUUUAAAUCUUACUUGUUUAUUUUUUUGCUGCCAGUUGGUCUGCGUUUACAUUUAAUACUUCAAAACAUGUUUAAAUUGACAUAAAAUGCAGACAUCAAUGAAAUUUAUUAACAUUGCACUAAAUCAAGUAGGAGCAAUGUAUACACCUAGCUGUAAAUUGAUACUCUAUCAUAACUGCAGACUACAAAAACGCUUUUAAACAAUAAAAUAAAGGACGGAAAACUGCGUGACAGUCGAUUAAACUUUUUGGGAGGAAGAAUAACUAAUCACAGAAAUAUUUAUUCAAAAUAUAACUGAUAUAUCAGUUUAAAUCAUAUACAUUUGUUAAUUUCAAUUAAAUAUACGAAUAAUUGUAACUACAAAAAUGUCGCAAGAACCACCGCCACGUAGUGAACCUUAUGUUGAGCCUGUUAACGGCAUAGUUCAACCACCAACUGUACCAGCACCAGACAGACCAGGUCGUAAUACCAAUCAAUUACAGUAUAUAAUAAAAACAGUAAUGAAAGCUGUUUGGAAACAUCAUUUUUCGUGGCCUUUUCAACAGCCUGUUGAUGCAAAAAAACUAAAUUUGCCUGAUUAUCAUAAGAUUAUUAAACAACCAAUGGACCUGGGUACAGUUAAAAAACGCUUAGAAAAUAAUUAUUAUUGGACUGCUAAGGAAGCAAUUCAAGAUUUUAAUACAAUGUUUACAAAUUGUUAUGUUUACAAUAAACCAGGUGAGGAUGUUGUUGUAAUGGCUCAAACAUUAGAAAAAGUAUUUUUACAAAAAAUUGAGGCAAUGCCAAAAGAAGAAAUAGAACUAGAACCAGUAAUUCCGAAAGGAGGUAAAAAAAAGGUGCGAGUACCUACAAAAGCUGCAACUGUGGGUAAUCCACACGUUGGCAUUCAUGGUACAACUGUGGCAGUAUCAACGCCUCGGCAAGUUAAUGCCCGACCAUUAUCAGCACUUGGUGGUACAGUUUCAUCAUCUGGCAAUACACAAAGUACCACUCCUGCCAUUCCUCCUAUUGGUACAGUACCGCCACAAACAGUUCCUGGAAGUACUAAUACAACCACAACUGCUGUAUCAGGUUCUACUAUAACAGCACCUAGUGGCAGUUUGAUGCCCGCCAAUUCAGGCAUUUUACCUGGAGCUCUUGGGUCUACUCCUUUAACUGCUGGAACACCUAUUAACUCUUCGUUAUUGGAUGGAAGUGUUACUGGGCAUUCAUCUUCUGGGGUAUCUGCGUACCAUGUCAAUAGUACCGCAAGUGUAGAGACUGUCAUACCUCCCCAGCAACCAGCAAAAAUGAAGAAAGGUGUGAAAAGAAAGGCAGAUACAACAACUCCAACAGCAAACGCAUUUGAGUCUCCAUACGCUCAAAUAGAUUCGAAAACUGCAAAGAUAGCCACGAGGCGUGAGUCCAGUCGACAGGAUUUAACAUUCCAAGGAUCUGCUUAUCCAAUGUCACCACUUGGAGUUCCCGGUGUUCCUGGUGCUGGUGGCACAGCUGCUGUUCCUGGAGCUCCUAAAUCAAAAGAAAAACUUUCAGAUGCACUUAAGUCAUGCAAUGAAAUUCUUAAGGAACUAUUUUCUAAAAAACAUUCUGGAUAUGCAUGGCCAUUUUAUAAACCUGUAGAUGCAGAACUGUUAGCUUUACACGAUUACCAUGAUAUUAUAAAAAAGCCAAUGGAUUUAGGAACUGUCAAACACAAAAUGGACAAUCGUGAAUAUAAAAGUGCUCCAGAAUUUGCUGCUGAUGUGCGAUUAAUUUUUACUAAUUGUUAUAAAUAUAAUCCACCAGAUCAUGAUGUAGUUGCCAUGGGUCGCAAGCUGCAGGAUGUUUUUGAAAUGCGUUAUGCAAAUAUUCCCGAUGAACCUGUUGCAAAUGCACAUGCUGCAGCAGCGGCUGCAGCACACAAUGCUCUUACAAGUAUAAAACAUGAAGCGUCUGAUUCUUCUUCCGAUGAGUCUUCAGAUACGGAAAAUGAAUCAAAUUCAGACGAGGAACGAAAUGCCAAGUUGAAAAUGCUUGAAACUAAACUGUUGGAUUUACAAGAAGAAAUGCGUAAAUUGAUGGAAGAAGCAUCCAACAAGAAGAAGGCAAAAAAAAAAUUAAAGGAAAAGAAAAAGGUCGGUGCAAGCGGUGUUCUUAGUGGUGGUGGAAUUACCCAAGGAGGGAAUAAUUUAGGCACAGGCGGCGCCGGCGUCGCCACGUUGGGAAAUUUGCAUAGUCAUGAUCUAACAACAGCAAUAGCAAUAGGUCAGUUAAAUGUUGCAAACAAAGGGACUCCAAUGGCAAGUGUAACAGGAACAGUUGUGAGUGCAGUAGUGAAUAAAAGUGCUAAAGUUAAGGGGCCACGUGGCCCAAAAGCUAGUGGAGCAUCAGUUGCGGCAUCAGGAGCAGGAAGUGCAACUAUAGGUAAUAAACGAGCGAAAGGGAAUGCGAGCACUAGUGUAAUUGCUGCUACUGCUAGUGGAGUAGCGCGUGGUCCGAAUAAGAAGAAACCUAGCCAAGUAAUGAAUUUUGACUCUGAAGAGGAAGACACAGCUAAACCAAUGUCAUAUGAUGAAAAACGUCAACUGUCCUUAGAUAUAAAUAAAUUGCCAGGUGAUAAACUCGGAAGAGUGGUCCAUAUUAUCCAAAAUCGUGAACCAUCGCUGCGGGACUCUAAUCCAGAUGAAAUUGAAAUAGAUUUCGAAACAUUGAAACCGUCGACGUUACGAGAGUUGGAAAGUUAUGUAGCAUCAUGCCUACGCAAAAAAACUCGUAAGCCUUACUAUAAAAAACCAUCAGGUAAAUCAAAAGAUGAACAAAUGGCUGAGAAAAAACAAGAAUUGGAAAAACGUUUACAAGAUGUUACUGGACAGUUGGGAAGUAACAAAAAAGCAACUAAGAAAGAUGAUACUUCAAAUAAAGUUGAACCUGUGCAGCCAACAAAUCGCUUAUCAUCUAGCUCAAGUUCAAGUGAUUCUUCUUCCUCCAGUUCAAGUGACAGCAGCUCUAGUGAUUCGAGUGAUAGUGAAGCAGGGGAUGCAGAUGGAAGACCACCUAGAAAAAAGAAGUCGCGUGAUGCAAAUGAAAAUAAUAUAAAUAUUACAAAUCUAUCACAAACUACUGGGUUAACUAUGCCAGUUGGUAUACCCGUUCCAGUUUCAAAUGUAAUACCACCAACAAUUGCUUCUCAACACUUACAGACAACGGCAUCAGCCAUAAGUAAUACUGCUGCAUCAAUUACUGUUCCAACACCUACAUCACAUACCGGAUUAUCAGCAAUAAGUUUGUCAACAUCCGGAUUAGUACCAAUAACUUUCAACAAUCCACUCCCUUCUGCAACAACAAUUGCGUUGAAUAUUAAUAAUAAACUGCCAAUUACAACAGUGACCCCAUUUACUGGUCUACCACAAGCGACAGCAUUAAGCGCAAGUACGGUAAGCAGUAAUGGAUCAAAUAACUUGACAAUGCCAUCAGUCGCUAUAACUGCAAUUCCAACAUUAGCUGUUUCACUAACAACGGUUGCUUCGACUGGUGCAACCAUAACAUCACACACAAGUAAUAAUACUAACAACGUUAAUAGCAAUAGUAAUAUGAAUAAUAUAGUGAAUAGUAUAAACAGCACUAAUAGCACAACUACGACUAAUGUUGGAGGUAUACGUAUUGCUAGUAAUUUGCAUAAAAUUCCGACUCAUGAUGUACCUGAUCCAUCUGUCAGUGUGUUGACAUCUACUACCUCGAUAUCAUCAACAUCAUCAGCAGUGUCGACGCCUUCUUCUCUAACAGCCGGUCUGAAACAAAUUCCCCAAUUUGAUGACCCCAUUGAACAAUCUUUAGCUUCGCUAGAGCAACCAAUGCUUACCGCUGCAGCUAAAAGUGUAGCUGAUAAUUUUAUAAUGGCUGCAGCUGGUAUGAAUGCAGCACAUCUCAUGCAACAACAACACAGUCAUUCACAGCAAUCUACCCAACAACAAUUUUCAUCGCAACCACAACAAAAUCACCAUUUAGGUUCUAGUAGUAAUCAGCAACAACAUCAUAUGGAGCUAAUGUCAGAAUUUUUGUCUAAAGGUGCUGCAGUCGCAGCCGAAAAUGUUGCUGGAAUGAAUGGUAACCAUUUCCCAUUAAUGCAACUUGGGCUUGGGCUAGAUCAUCUUGCAGCGGUGCAACAAUUUCAACAAGCUGCUGCAGCAGUCCAACAACAGCAACAACAUGUACAUAACAAUGGGUAUAAUGUUCCGGACUUAGGAGGUAAUACCACUUUGGAUGGUCUCGGUUUAAGUUUAGGAUUGCAACAUGGUGGUGGGGGAAAUUCAUCUUUUUUUGAUCAACUUCCCCAAAUCACUGGAAACAGAAAUGAAAAUCUCAUAGCUGCAGCAACUGCAAUGAUGAUGGGAGGUGCGUCAGCAGGAAUAACGGGCAAUGUACCGGUUAAUAAAAAAGACACAGUAGUUUCUGGAAGUGAACAUCAAACAACAACUCAACCAAAUAAAUGUCUUAUUACUCCGAAACCGAUAGAAUCAAUGAUGCCCAGUCCGCCAGAAAAAAAGCAUCACUUGUCACAACAAUCACCUUCAGAUAUGAAAACAUCAACAAAUGUUGUCGGCGCAAAUAGUCAAGCUAAUUUUGCUCAAGCUUUUAAAUCAGUACAUGAACAAAAUCUUAAGAAUGCCAGCUCUUGGUCGUCACUUGCAUCAGCCAGUUCUCCACAAAAUACCCCAACUUCGAACAAAACUAAACCUGCAAUGGACUCAUUUCAACAGUUUAGAAAUAAAGCCAAAGAAAAAGCUGAUCGAUUGAAAUUGUUGGAAGCUGCUGAAAAAGAACAAAAGAGACAAAAAGAAGCUGCCGAAAAAGAACAACAACGAAAACAAGUCAAAACAUCUAUUUCCAAUAUAAGUUUAACCGGUAAUGGAAAUAGCAACUUAGCAAACAAUUCCGUGCAUCAUCAAUCUGCAUCAGCAUCACUUACACCAUCAUCCCAUAUACUCAGCUCAAACAUAGCAGUUCAUAUGCAGGCAACUCAAAUAGACGCAGUGGAAAGUGGAAGAAAAAGUGUACAUGAUUCAUCACAGCCACAAAUUUCUCGUGUAGACGACUUAAAGGCUUCGCCUCAAGGCUGCGUUUCACCUGCCGGUUCAACACAACAAUCGCCACAGGAUCGCGCAGCGGUUAAGCGAGCGGAAUUAAGACGAAUGGAACAAGAAAGAAGAAGACGAGAAGCGAUGGCAGGUCAAAUUGAUAUGAAUAUGCAAAGCGAUCUAAUGGCAGCGUUUGAAGAAUCGCUAUAGUAGAAAUAGCAUCAAAAGAUGUAAUGGUACUAAAAAAUUAAAUAUUAAGUUAAAAUUGGUGUUCAUAGAAAAAAUAUUUAUUGGUCAUUUCAAAAACAAA